GAGUAGACACCACUCCACUAUGGAUUUAGAAGAAAAACUGAUAUCGUUGGUGCAAAAACAUACUUGUAUUUAUGAUGUUAAUUCGCGAUACUACAGUAAUAAACAAAGCAAGCAAAACGCCUGGGAGAUUAUCAGUAACGAAAUUGGAAUUCCAGUGAAUGAAUGCAUGCAGAAGUGGACGCGACUCAGAGAUAAUUUUAGAAAAGGACUAAAAACUCGCGCACAAAAGGGUGGACCGGGUGCUUCAAGACGUCCUUUAAAGUUUAAAAAAGAAUUGGCUUUUUUAAAAUAUUCACUCGCAAGCCCAGAAAACUCAGAACGAGCAGCUAAUAGCGACACAAAUAACCAAGAGGAGAAUGAUGAACUGGAUUUUGAUAUGCAAUCCUCAAUAUCGCCAUCUAGGAAUGCGAAUGUACCUAUGUCAUCUCGGCCUUCACAAGUAUCUAUCUCCAACCAAAAAACGGACUCAAUUUUUGCUGUUUUGAAAACUUGCCUUGAAUCAAAAGUAGAACAAGAUCCUGUUAGUUUGUUCUUCUCGGCGAUGGCGGCAACUGUACAGAAACUGCCAGAAAGGCUACAGAUAGAAGUUCGACAAAAAGUUUUUAAUGUUGUGUCUGAAGCAGAGUUACAAUGGUUGAGUGAACGCGAUGGUGAUAAUUUAUAUACUAAUAGCUGUAGCACUCCAACGUGUUAUGAUAUCAAAACUGAGUAAUAAAUAAACAGAAUAUGUUGUAAAGUUACAGAAGUACCUAUCCUAGAAUAGAUUCAAAAUAUAGAAAAAGACUAUAAUUUAGUGUUGCACACGGUAUUAAACAAUGAUUUGUUUAAUUUUGGAAUAUUGUUAAGUGUAGUAAUAGGUAUUAUGUCGGUCGAAAAUUAUGUUUUAUUUUCUUGCAAAUGUUAGACAAUAUAUAUGACUUUUGAAAGAAU